GCGUAGCGGGCGACGGAGACUGGGGCUGGGAUGUGAGGAGCGGCGGGCGGCGGGCUCCGGGCUCCGCGCGGCGGGGGCUGUGAGCGGCGGCGAGUGUGGCGCAGGCGGGCGGGCGAGGCCAGCCAGCAUCCUGUCGGCCGCGGCAUGAGGAAGCGGACCGAGCCCGUCACCUUGGAGCAUGAGCGCUGCGCCGCCUCGGGCUCGUCCUCCCCCGGCUUGGCCGCCGCGGCGCUGGACGGCGACUGCCGCCUGAAGCAGAACCUGCGCCUGGCGGGCAAGGGGCUGGUUGAGCCGCGCUGCGCGGCCGACGCGGGUAUGAAGCGGACGCUGGGCAGGCGAAAGGGCCUGUGGUUCCGACUGAGGAAGAUUCUCCUCUGUGUUGUGGGAUUGUACGUUGCCAUCCCAUUUCUUGUCAAACUGUGUCCUGGAAUACAGGCCAAAUUGAUUUUCUUGAAUUUUGUGAGGGUUCCCUACUUCAUUGAUUUGAAAAGACCCCAGGAUCAAGGUUUGAAUCACACUUGUAACUACUACCUCCAGCCAGAGGAAGACGUCAGUAUUGGAGUCUGGCACACCAUCCCCACCGCCUGGUGGAAGAACGCCCAAGGGAAGGACCAGAUGUGGUAUGAGGACGCCUUGGGUUCCAGCCACCCUAUCAUUCUGUACCUGCAUGGGAAUGCAGGCACCAGAGGAGGCGACCACCGUGUGGAACUUUACAAGGUGCUGAGUUCCCUAGGUUACCACGUGGUCACCUUUGACUAUAGAGGUUGGGGUGACUCCGUAGGAACACCGUCUGAAAGGGGCAUGACCUACGACGCCCUCCAUGUUUUUGAUUGGAUCAAAGCAAGAAGUGGUGACAACCCCGUGUAUAUUUGGGGCCAUUCCCUGGGCACUGGAGUGGCAACAAAUGUGGUGCGGCGCCUCUGUGAGCGAGAGACGCCUCCAGAUGCCCUUAUACUGGAGUCUCCAUUCACUAAUAUCCGAGAAGAAGCUAAGAGUCAUCCUUUUUCAGUGAUAUAUCGAUAUUUUCCUGGGUUUGACUGGUUCUUCCUCGAUCCCAUUACAAGCAGUGGAAUUAAAUUCGCAAAUGAUGAAAAUGUGAAGCACAUCUCCUGUCCCCUGCUCAUCCUGCAUGCCGAGGACGACCCAGUGGUGCCCUUCCAGCUCGGCAAAAAGCUCUAUAACAUCGCCGCACCAUCUCGAAGUUUCCGAGACUUCAAAGUUCAAUUUAUCCCCUUCCACUCAGAUCUUGGCUACAGGCACAAGUACAUCUACAAGAGCCCUGAGCUUCCACGGAUACUGAGGGGCUGGCAGUGAGCACGGUGUGCGGGACUGAACGUGACCCCAGACCGCUGACUCCAGGCGUAAAAGUUUAAUUAGCUUCUCACAUGAGGAAGUAACAGCAAGUGCAGCGGUGCUGGGCACCCACAGCUGGCAGGGAGGGGCUGCACCCGGGGUGGUAGGGUACGCGGGGCACCCAGGGCAUGACCGUAACCCCUAGACACACACCCCCUCUAAAGAAGACCCUGGGGCACAGCCUCCCUAUCCCCACCAGAACUGCAGGCCUGUUAAUGAAGAGUCUCCCCCCAUCCCCAGCCUAGGCCCAACACACAAGGUGGCGGAAACCUCUGGAAGGGUGGUUCUGCCUGGUUUCCCUGACAACCCACAGUGAGGGCAGUAGCCUGCUCCCUGGCCUCUGGGUGCUGGCAGGUGUAUCUUGGAGUGCUCCCCAUUGGGAAAGGCAGGGGUGAAAAGGGCUUGCUCCCCCUACACACCUGCAGUCGAUGCCAAGCAGAGACUGGCUCCUCUGGGCCCAGCUAGCCCCUUUUCCACACCAAGCUACUGCACGGGAGGCAAGUGCAGGAGAAUGGAGCACUGGUGUGCACAAUCAGACCUACACUGAGCGGGUCCAGGGAGGGCCUGAGGCUGCAACAGGGCAGCCUGGCAGCUGACCUGGCUAACCAGGCAGAAUCGUCUAGACACAUAACUACAAGUUCAGUUUUUAGUUACUAAACCCAAGAUAAAGCUUCAGCUGGUUUCACUUCCAGGUAAAGUUAUUCUUUUGAAUAAGCCAAAGCAAGCCAACCAGCAUGGGCCAACUGCACCUGCCCUCACCAUGACCUCUGACAGCCCGUCGCAGGCACCCCACAAGGCCCGCACCCAAGUCCCCAGGUCUGAAGGAACUACAUGGUCCCUGGGACAGCUACAAAGGCCAGGCCUGCCUGGGUCCUUGACCUACACACCAGGUGCAGAACCCCGGACAGGAUGGGCAGCUGUGGGGAAGACACCUGAAGGCUCCAACCGCACCCAGCAUAGCCCGAGGCAUAGCACAGAGCUGGGCAAGGGGUGGGGCCACAGUUGGGCUUGGCCCUGUCGUGUGGCUGGCAGCACAGGUGCUGCGGAAAGCUCAUCCCUUGGCUUCACCAUGACCACCAACCCAGACCCCAGAAUCCAGAGGCUGAAAACUAAAGACAAGCUCACAGCAAGAUGUGUGCAAGGUUUUGUGGGAGCCAAGUGGGUGGCUGUUCCUCCCACCCACCCUGUGUGGGGCAGGUGGGCAGAAGCUGCAGGGGCCCCACUGUGGCCAUCCAGGUUGCCAACUCUGCUCUCCUCUUGUAGGAAGUGGGGACACUCACUCUUAACACUGUCCUUCACUCCCCUCACCCACAGCCCCUCCUAGAAACACACCACUGAGAAAAGCAGGAGCCACCAGCUGCUGCUGAAGUGCUUGAACCCAGCGUGAAAGGCAGAGUCAGCAAGAAGGCAGAGCCCUG